CUCUCUUCUCCUCCAUUAAACAAAUCUAAAGUGAAAGCAAAAAAGAGAACCCAACCCCUCCUCCUCCUCUCUCUAUACUUUCUCCGAUCUCUCUCUCUUGCUCUCCUUUUCCCAGUUUAUUCUCACAGAACAUCACUUGGAAACCUCACAAUUCCAUAUCUUUUUACUAGAUUUUGUUUGUUUUUCUCCUUUUCUUCUUCUUCUUGUAGCUUAAUUCAGACGUCCAACUUUCGGUGCUGCUCGUUCGUUGCAUUUCUCAACCGCUGCUCAAGCAUAUAUCAGAUGCUCCACCUUGACAAAUGAUUUAACUUUCUCACACUUGGUAGCAAAUUUCUUGGAGAACUCUACAUACUAAGAUAGUGGAUCAUCUCAUCUCAUGUGAAAUUUAGGGAUUGGCCAAUUGGUGGCGGAUUAGAUUUUACUUCGGGUUCCUUUUCUUCUAUAUAACAUCGAGAAACAUGCCUUCAUGGUGGAGAGUGUCAUCAUCAAAAGACGCAAAGAAGAAAACAAGCAAGGAUAGUAUCAUUGACACAAUUCGCAAGUUUAGGAUCUCUUCUGACAAAAAAUCAGGUGGUUCCCGGAGAGGUUGCAGUGACACAGUUUCAGAGAUUGGGUCUCUAUCUAGGAUUCAGUCCAGAUCCGUGUCACCUUCCAAAGAAUCCAAACUUGUGGCAAGAUGUCAAAGUUUUCAAGAACGACCUCAGGCUCAACCACUCCCUCUUCCAGUUCUUCACCCUUCCCGUAUGACUCGUACCGAGUCUGGACUCAGUGUAUCCGGAAAACAAAAACAAGAAAAGGGCUCCAAAACGCCUCCCUUUCUUCCACUCCCUCAUAUGCGAACCAGACCAGAUGCAGGAGAUUUUGAUGGAGCAGAUUCUGUUUUUAGUGAAUGUUAUAGUGAUAGUGAUGAUCCACCUGAUUCAAGCCAGCUUAGCCCCUUGGCAUCUGAUUAUGAUACCGGGAGUCGAACAACUGCAGGCAGCCCUUCCAAUAUGAUUGUUAAGGAUCAGUUGCCUGUAACUAAAAGGGAGGUACCAAAACCACAUGAUCAUCUUUUUGAUAAUCACAUCUCCUCUUCACCACCUAGAAGAAAGCCUUUAAGAAGUCAUGUCCCGAAUCUUCAGGUCCCCUCUCAUGGUGCGUUCUUCAGUGCUCCGGAUUCUUCCAUAUCAAGUCCUUCUAGAAGCCCCUUACGUGCAUUUGGAACAGAGCAAGUUAUAAAUUCAGCUUUCUACACCUCAAAACCUAAUCCAGAUUUCCCUUUUCUUGGAUCCGGAUCGGGUCACUGUUCUAGCCCUGGGUCGGGUCAAAACUCGGGUCAUAAUUCCAUGGGAGGUGACAUGGCAGGGUUGUUUUGGCAACCAAGUAGAGGUAGCCCAGAGUGUUCUCCACUUCCUAGUCCUAAAAUGACAAGUCCAGGUCCUAGCUCUAGAAUCCAUAGUGGGGCAGUGACACCACUUCAUCCAAGGGCAGGUGGAGGGGCAGAUCGGUCAGAAGAUGUGAAACAGAAAAGUCACCGCUUACCGCUUCCUCCGGUGGUUACAAUUUCCAAUUCUUUACCCUUCUCUCAGUCAAAUUCAGCAGCCACUUCACCUUCUGUUCCAAGAAGUCCAGGGAGGCCUGAUAAUUUACCUAGCCCAGGGUCAAGAUGGAAGAAAGGGAAGCUUCUGGGUAGAGGCUCAUUCGGUCAUGUUUAUGUUGGUUUUAAUAGUGAAAGUGGCGAAAUGUGUGCUAUGAAGGAAGUUACAUUGUUCUCUGAUGAUGCAAAGUCAAAGGAAAGUGCAAGACAGUUGGGACAAGAAGUUUCUUUACUGAGCCGGUUAAGCCAUCCAAAUAUUGUGCAGUAUUAUGGUUCUGAAAUGGUUGAUGACAAACUUUAUAUAUAUCUGGAGUACGUGUCGGGUGGUUCAAUUUAUAAACUUCUUCAAGAAUACGGACAAUUUGGUGAGCUGGCGAUCCGAAGUUACACACAACAGAUUUUAUCAGGGCUUGCAUAUUUACAUGCUAAGCAUACCAUCCAUAGGGAUAUAAAAGGAGCAAAUAUCCUUGUUGACCCAAAUGGCCGAGUCAAACUUGCUGAUUUUGGAAUGGCAAAACAUAUCACAGGGCAAACAUGUCCAUUGUCAUUUAAAGGAAGUCCUUACUGGAUGGCACCUGAGAUCAUCAAGAACAGCAACGGGUCAAACCUUGCUGUUGACAUCUGGAGUCUCGGAUGUACAGUUCUAGAAAUGGCAACAACUAAACCACCUUGGAGCCAAUAUGAAGGGGUUGCAGCCUUGUUUAAGAUUGGAAACAGUAAAGAACUCCCUGUAAUUCCUGAUCAUUUAUCGGAUGAAGGAAAAGAUUUUGUAAGACAAUGUCUACAAAGGAAUCCACAACAUCGGCCCACAGCAGCCCAACUCUUGGAUCACAGCUUUGUUAAAAAUGCUGCUCCUUUGGAAAGACCACUACUACCCUAUCCCUAUCCGGAACCUUCCUCCGAUCCCAAUGGGGGAAUCGGACAUCCAAGAAACCGACAACUACUUGAUUCCGAUAGACUCGUUACUCAUUCAUUUAGAGCUUCAAGACCAGGUUUUGGUUCCAGUGAUGUUCAAAUACCAAGGAACAUAUCAUGCCCGGUGUCACCAAUCGGGAGCCCACUUUUACAUUCAAGAUCACCACAACACCAACACCAACACCAACACCAACAUGUAAACGGAAGGAUGUCACCAUCACCCAUAUCCAGCCCACGAACCACCUCCGGUGCCUCCACUCCUCCAAUGGGGGGUGGUGGUGGUAAAAUCCCGUUUCAUCAUGUGAACCAGUCGGUUUACCUUCACGAAAUCUCAAAACCAGUCAACAACAUCCCGGAUAUGUUCCGGUCAAAACAGUCACAGUCCCCCGGGAGGCACUUCGGUGGGCUGACCCACGAACUACUUCACGGGGGACACGCGGUGCUGGCAGACUCUGUCUCCCAUCUACUGCUCAGGGACAGAGUUCAUUUCAAACCCUCUUUGGAUCUAAACCCUUUGUGAACUAGGCUACAAAUGUUGUCAUUCUUUGUGAGGGUCCAGGGCCAGGGGUAGAAAUGUCAUUUUCAGUUGAGAUUCAGAGAGAUGUGCACGGUACCCACCAUUUUAAGGUGGGUUUUGCAUAUAAAACAGGAUCUCACAUGUUAUAUCAUCAAUCAAACACAAGAGUAGGAAAUUAGACUGAAUAAAUAAAUAGAGGCUUAGUUUUUUCUUUUUUUAUUUUUGUUGAAAAAAAAAACUGAAACUGCUGUACAUAAAAUGCAGAGUCAGUAUUGAAUUGAAUUUGUGUUUCCUUUAAUUUACUUGGCAAACUGUAUUUAUUAUAUUAAAUAUUAUAUUAUAUUAUCUUUGAGUCA